AUGGGUAUAGCCUACAGCAUCCUGAACGUCAGCAACUACUUUUACUUCACUUCCUUUUGGCAAAUCGUCAGGGGAUAUGACUUUGUGGAUCGAGAGAUGAAAAAUCUCAUCACCUCCAAAUCCGGGAGCCAUGUUGAGAAUUUCGCGGAGGAACUACGAGAUCUGUGGUCCCUUCACUGGACUCUCAGCCGAAUGGCCAGCAGAAUAAGCCGAGUCUAUGGAUUCCAGAUGAUCGUCUCGCGCACUGAAUACGUUCUCUUCUCUGUUGUAUUCGGCUACGUGGGAAUAAUUUGCAUGUUCCAAGGAAUGAGUCUGAACAUACUUCAUGUGGGCCUAAUAUACCUCGUUCGGACCUUGGACUUCUUCCUGAUCGAUGUCAUUUGUGACCUGACCGCACGCUAUCAGAGUCAGCCGAAACACGAACUCGUCGAAGGAGAAGUGAACCAGAAGGCGGUAGAGUAG